CACAUCUGUUGCUUUAGCUAGCGGCCGCUGGUCCACAGUGCUAGGAUAGCGGGGCGUAUGAAAAGGCUAGCCACUGCUGAGGCAGAGUAUCACGCUACUGAUGCAGCUGUGCCUGGGUUGUAGGAUUAACAUCGCGGCUCGCUGGGUGGCUGACAUUAUUAACUAGAGGAGGGGGAGAGAGACUCCAGUACACACACAGAAAACCAGCUACAGCGGAACACGUCAACAGCAGUAAAAUCAGUGGCUUAACAAGAUAGAGACGCUGAGUGAGGGAGUGGGAUGGAAGAGCUGACAGCCCCUUAGUUGUGAACAGGUUGAUGCUGCUGAGAAGGAGGGAGAGCAGAAGAGGAUGGGAAGCAGUAUCAUCUGAGCUGAAUGUAGAAUCAAGCAGCUGCUUCCGUCAUGUGAGCGAUACCAGAUAGAGUGGAUGGAGAGUGUGAGUGAUACCAGAUAGAGUGGAGGCAGGGAUAGAGAGUGUGAGCGAUACCAGAUCGGGUGGAGGCAGGGAUAGAGAGUGUGAGUGAUACCAGAUAGAGUGGAGGCAGGGAUAGAGAGUGUGAGUGAUACCAGAUAGAGUGGAGGCAGGGAUAGAGAGUGUGAGCGAUACCAGAUAGAGUGGAGGCAGGGAUAGAGAGUGUGAGCGAUACCAGAUCGAGUGGAGGCAGGGAUGGAGAGUGUGAACGAUACCAGAUCGAGUGGAGGCAGGGAUAGAGAGUGUGAGCGAUACCAGAUCGAGUGGAGGCAGGGAUAGAGAGUGUGAGCGAUACCAGAUCGAGUGGAGGCAGGGAUAGAGAGUGUGAGUGAUACCAGAGAGUGGAUGGCGAGUGUGAGCGAUACCAGAGAGUGGAUGCAGGGAUGGAGAGUGUGAGCGAUACCAGAUCGAGUGGAGGCAGGGAUGGAGAGUGUGAGCGAUACCAGAUCGAGUGGAGGCAGGGAUGGAGAGUGUGAGCGAUACCAGAUCGAGUGGAGGCAGGGAUAGAGAGUGUGAGCGAUACCAGAUCGAGUGGAGGCAGGGAUAGAGAGUGUGAGCGAUACCAGAUCGAGUGGAGGCAGGGAUAGAGAGUGUGAGUGAUACCAGAGAGUGGAUGGCGAGUGUGAGCGAUACCAGAGAGUGGAUGCAGGGAUGGAGAGUGUGAGCGAUACCAGAUAUGGUGGAGGCAGGGAUGGAGAGUGUGAGCGAUACCAGAUCGAGUGGAGGCAGGGAUGGAGAGUGUGAGCGAUACCAGAUCGAGUGGAGGCAGGGAUAGAGAGUGUGAGCGAUACCAGAUCGAGUGGAGGCAGGGAUAGAGAGUGUGAGCGAUACCAGAUCGAGUGGAGGCAGGGAUAGAGAGUGUGAGCGAUACCAGAUAGUGGAGGCAGGGAUAGAGAGUGUGAGCGAUACCAGAUCGAGUGGAGGCAGGGAUAGAGAAGUGCUGUAACCUGGCUGCUGCAGUCGGCUGGAGGGAGCAACAGUGAGAUGGAGAGCUCGGUGUUGUCGGAGGCAGCAGGCUACCUCUGCUCCUGCCACCUACACCUCGCCCAGGUCAGACUGGCACUCACAGCUGGCAUCGCUAAUUUGACAGUCCUGCCACGGCCAACGUCCGUUCCCCGUUUCCGCUUUCCCUCGACGUGACUGCAGCUCUGAUGGGUUUUUAGUGCUUUGACUCCAGGGCCCCGGCAUCAGUGAUCAAGACUACCACUGUUCUCUUUUCUUUUUUAUAGUGUGUGUGUGAUUUGCUGCUAGCCGUUUCCCUAUUCUUCUUCUCCUCUCACUGCUCUCGUUUUCUCCUGCUGUAACGGUAGCCUUUUUCACGGAGACCACUGAUCUGGCCUAUUCCCAGGAUGCGUACCUCCGAAGCCGCAGUACCUACAGUGGAAACGCCCGUCACAUCCCUGAGCCGCCCCCCAUAUGUUACCCUCGUGUAGACUGUAAGCCCCCAGGGAUGGCCCAGGCUACAGAGACCCCCUCCCCAGUUGGAGUGGGGGUACAGGGAGCAUGCCGGGGGGCAACACCACCAGACACGGGGUACCGCAUGGAGAUUCCCGUGCCCCCCUCCCCUCCUCCUCCUGCACACCCGUACCCCAAAACCCAGACCGCGGCGUGCAUGCGCAACGACAGUGUGAGGACUGAGGUAGUUCCUGCAGAGCUGGGCCGUAUAGGACCAGCACACAGAAUAGACUAUAGCCUGGUAGGGUACCCUGACCCUGGCCUCAUCAGAGUGCGUCCUGGGUCUGUGUCCCACUACCCCCUGCCACGGAAAACAGACAUCUACCCCUCUGGGGCGAGCCUCCUCAAUUACAGUGCCCCGCUACACCAGUACUCCCCCAACCCUGUCUCUCACCAAAACAUAGACUGGCGGACGUACCAGACCUACAGGGAGUACAUCGAUAACAAGAGUAUACACGCCUAUGGCAGCCAGACCAUCCAGGAGAGACUAGAAUGCCUGCGAGCCGCCAGCCAGAACACCUUCAACUCCUCCCACCACAUCCCCCGGAGUGGCUGGGGCCCCAACCCUAAGGGUCUCCGGCGCAGGAGCACCUCCCACGACCGCGCCUACCAUGGACCUCCGCCCCCCUUCCACCACAUGCCCCCCCGCAGCUCUUCCCAGGACCGUAUGAGUAUGGCGGAGCGGGGGGUCCACCCCAGGAACUGGCCUCCUCGUAGUGUGUCCCAGGAUGGGUUAACACACAAGGCCCGGGCUCGCUCCUCUGACUGUGACUAUGUGGACUCUGUGGAGCUGGGCCGGCCCAUGGUGGAUAGACGGGGCUACACUAGCAGGCUGGACCAGGGUACACGCCCCAGCAGGCUGAGCCUCUCCAAACAGGCUGUCCAUCACCGACCCCCUGCAGGGUACGGUAGGGACAGCCUCCGGGGAACGCAAAUGCCCAACCCUACCCUCUAUGCUAAAGGACCAGAGCAGCUCCAGCACCAGCCUCACGGCGUUCCUAAUAUGACCCAAGACAGACCCUCUCACCUGGGGAAGAUUAUCAGCUUGGAGCCCUCCCCAACCGACCAAAGAGCUGGGGUCAAAGAUGUGAACCAUGUGAGCCAGAGCAGGGGGCGGGCGGAGACCAUGCAGCCUGCAGGGGAGGUGCCAGGGAGAGAGGUGGCAGCGGUGGUGGGCCAUAGGUCCUCGUCCUUAUCCGCCUCCCAUCAGAGACCACAGAGGCUUGGGAUUCUCAAAACCUCCCACCACCACCCACCUCGCACAGAGCCCCAGGCCCAAGUGAACGGUCGCGGCCCUUCGGCCUCAGAAUUGGGCGUAGUCCUCAGGGAAAAGCCUCCUGGGUCGGUGAAGAACCCCAGCCCCCUGCGCCACCCUUCCUACAUCCUGGCGGUGAACGAGGAGGACGGUUCGGAGCCAGCAGCGGACUCAGUGUGCUGGCUGCCCAACGAUGCGCGGCGGGAGAUGCACAUGCGGCGUCUGAGCAAGAAGCAGGAGAAGGACCAGACCUCAUGCUCCUCCAGCAACCUGGAAGAGUCCCUCGACUCAAUCCCCUUUAUCGACGAGCCGGCUAGCCCUAGUGUUGACCAUGAGGCCACGUCCAUUCCUGCUUCCGCCGUGAUAUCUGGCUUUCCAGCCGUACUCCCCCUGAACCCAAGCUCCUCCCCGUGCCCUUUCAUUCGCCGACAGAUGUCACAUGACCAAGAGUCUCUCAGAAAUGCUAUCCUGGAGUCUGAUGCUUCGACCAAACAAGAGCGGUCCAAAUCCUGUGACGAGGGUCUGGAUAACUACAGAGAGGAAGGCAGAGGCCGGUCCAACAGUAAACACAUGCCUGGACUGAGAGGCCUAAGAAAGGCUCUGGAUGGACACAAGUCGUCUGAAGACUCUGGUUCCAGAAGGGACUCCUCUUCAGAUAUCUUCAGUGACUCUUCUAAAGAAGGCUGGCUCAACUUCAGGCAGCUCAACACUGAGAAGAGCAAGCGUGUGAGCGGGGGUUCGAGGUCGUGGAAGCAGAUGUACGCUGUGCUGCGAGGCCACGCCCUCACGCUCUACAAGGACAAGAAGGACGGCGUCUCUCACGCCUCCUCCCACUCCCAGUCCGACGACGACCCACAGCCAAUCAGCAUCAAGGCCUGCCUGAUUGACAUCUCCUACAGCGACACAAAACGCAAGAACGUGCUGCGGCUGACCACGUCGCACUGCGGGUACCUGUUCCAGGCGGAGGGCAGGGAUGACAUGCUGUCCUGGAUCAGAGUCAUCCAGGAGAAUAGUAAUCUGGAUGAUGAGAGUGCUGGUAUAACCAGCCAGGACCUGAUCAGCAGAAAGAUCAGAGAGUACAACACCAUGAUGAGUGCCCCCAGCACUAAGACUGAGCCUUCCCCCAAAACCUCCCGGCAGUCCCUCAGUAUCAGACACACCCUCCUGGGGGGGAAGGGAGAAGGCAAGAGCCCACACUCACCCAAAACAGGAGAGAGGGAUGACUCCAGUCCUCCACGGGAUAAGGCUGCCUGGAGGAGGGGCAUCCCCGGCAUCAUGAGGAAGCCCUUUGAGAAGAAGGCCACAGCUGGGGUCACCUUUGGGGUGCGCCUCGAUGACUGCCCAUCUGCACAGACCAACCGGUUUGUUCCCCUCAUCGUGGAGGUGUGCUGUAAGCUGGUAGAGGAGAGGGGGUUGGAGUACACUGGGAUCUACAGAGUACCAGGGAACAACGCUGCCAUCUCCAGCAUGCAGGAGGAGCUGGACAAUAAAGGACUGAUGAGUGACAUCGACAUCCAAGAAGAUAAAUGGAGGGACCUAAAUGUAAUCAGUAGUUUACUGAAAUCCUUCUUCCGGAAACUUCCAGAACCCCUUUUUACAAAUGAAAAAUAUGCAGAUUUUAUUGAAGCCAAUCGAACAGAAGAUGCAGUGGAGAGGUUGAAAGAGCUCAAGAGGCUGAUCCUUGAAUUGCCUGAGCAUCACUAUGAAACCCUCAAAUUUCUCUCUGGACACCUCAAGUUGGUCUCUGAAAACUGUGAGAAAAAUAAGAUGGAGCCUCGUAACCUGGCCAUCGUGUUUGGUCCGACUCUGGUCAGGACCUCGGAGGACAACAUGACCAAUAUGGUCAACCACAUGCCAGACCAGUGCAAGAUAGUGGAGAACCUCAUUCAGCAGUUUGACUGGUUCUUCACUGAGGAGGGGGACGAUGACCCUGUUACCUCAGUGGAACAGGAGAGUACAGUGCAGUCUCAGCCUGUGCCGAACAUCGACCACCUGCUGUCCAACAUCGGCCGGACCACAACAACCACCUCAGCUGCGGAAGUCUCAGAUUCAGCAUGCAGUGACUCCUCCAAAUCAAAGCAGGGCUUGUGGGGCUCUGGGAAGGACCAGUGUAGCAGGGAGAUGCUUCGCUCCUCCUUCUUUGUCAGCCGCAAGCGUAAGAAGCCCAAGGACAAGGCUCAGCCCAGCAGCUCUGACGACGACCUGGACGCCGUGUUUGCUAAGAAGGAGCAGCCAGAACAACAGAGCAUGAGCCACCAGGACCUCCACCCAACCUGGUCCCCAGACAGCCAGACGGAUGUGGAGAGGGAGGCCAGCGAGAGAGGGGAACAGCCAGGGGACAGGGUCCAAACCAACGGGAAAGAGUCCCGUUCAGACGGCCUCAUGUCUCAGCCCUCUCCAUCCCCCUCUCCCAAACACACCCCAUCCCCCUGCCUCCGUACCUCCUCCACACGCUCGCCCUACACCUCCCAGUCCCCUCGCCUCGGCCACCGCAGGCAGGUGGCCCACCAGUCAUCUCUGUCGGACCCACCCUCCAACUACGAUGAGGUCUCAGACCUGGGCACCAUGAACAGCACCAGCUCUCAGGCAUCUGUGGCAGGACCCAGGGUGAGGCAUGGCAGGACAGGGGCCCUGGGACCAGAAACUGGAGCCAGUGGCCUGGGGGCCGAGGUCAGCUCCAUCACCUCAGAUUACUCCACCACCUCCUCCAUGACCUUCCUCACCGGGGCCGAGCUGAGCACGCUCUGUCCAGAGGUACACUCGGUGGCCGAGAGCAGGGGAGGAGAUGACGCUGAUGAUGAGCGUAGUGAGCUGAUUAGUGAGGGCCGGCCCAUGGAGACGGACAGCGAGAGCGACCUAUCGGUGUUUAUUGGGAGCGUGAAGGAGACCCGGCCGGGGAAAGAUUUCUGCCAAUCAGACGUGCCGGAUGUGCCCAGGCCCCUCCCCUCCCACAGACUCAUCGAGUGUGAUACUCUCUCCAGGAAGAAAUCUGCUGCGCGUCAGAAGACUGACAGCGAUUCCUCUUUGGACGGAGGGCAGAGCGACAAGGAUUCCAAUAGGCUGUCUCGCGUUCUGGGGGUGGUUAAGGGGCGUUCCACCAGCAGCCUUAGCUCCUCCUCCCGCAGCGAGUCAGAGAAGGGGAUUGAGCCUGCAUGGCGUCUCAAGAUCACAGACCGGCUGAAGUGCCGUCUGCGGACGUCCGUAGACGACAUGUUCGGGGUGGGAACCCAGCAGAGCCACUCUCCAGAGGGACGCAGGGACAAGAAGAAGAACAUCCGACGCAGACACACCAUGGGAGGCCAGAGGGACUUUGCUGAGCUGUCUGUGAUGGGGGACUGGCAGGGGGGGAUGGGCGGGGGCUCGCGGGCAGAGCUGUCGGCCGUGGACCGGCUGAAGCCCAAGUGUUCUUCCCAGGACUUCUCCAUCCGGGAGUGGAUUGCCCGGGAGCGCCACCGCACCUCCAACCCCGAGGUAAGCCUGGACUUCUCUGAACACCAGGGGGCACUGCUCCUCCUACGCAACCCCGACCCCCAGAACCCCAACCACCAGGUCCAGGAGGCCCCGUCGUCGUCCCUCUCAGACCCCCUCUCACCACGCCCAACUCCAGCUGAGCUGCUGAACGGAGACACAGGUCCCCAGAGUAAAAGCCUGAAUCUGUCGGCCACCGCACACCCACACAAACUCUCUGGUGCUCAGGUGGUCCAGUCUCGCUUCUACCAGUACCUGUGAGAGGUGGUGUCUGUCUGUCUGUGAGAUGUGUAUGUGUUUGAGAGUCUGUGAGUGGAUGUGAGUGAUGUUUGUAAAUGACCAGUGAGCAUGUACAGGUACUGUGAAGUGACGUUAGUGUUUACUCAGUCUUUUUGGUGGUGUGUGUUUGUACGCUUAACGUAAUAAGGGUUACUGCACAGGGGUGGUUUAUCUGGCUGACACAAGGCAUGGAACAAAACAUUCAAUUCAUGUUGAUACAUUUUCUCCUUUUUCAUGACAAAUGACAGACUUUGGGAUGGGCGUUGGGGUAGAGAUAUCCUCACUCCUAACAGAAAUCCCCGUUAUGCUGAAGAUUGCGACUCGAGGGCCUCUUGCUCAUGGAUGAACUGAUGAGUCAGAAAGUUGAUUGGUGUAAGGAAGUGUAAACAUGGCUGGUGUUUCAAGUUAAAGAUUGUGAAAAGGUUGGUAAGUGAAAAUACAGUAACUGACUUGUAGGAGGUAGGCUACAGUAGUGAAAAAAUACAGAUUUUUUAAAAGUAUUGCAGAUGAACUAUUUUUGUUGUAUGAGGGUCUCGGUUGGUUAAAAGUGAGUCCUUCAGUAACCAAAUUAAGAAUGUAUGACGUGCUUGCUGUAAUACUGACUAAAGCUUUAGUUGCUUGUUCACAUUUUAAAUUGUACAGAUUCCACUCCCUCUCUCUCUACUUGAAGUGCGUUUUUAAUUUCGGGAUAGCCUGUGUUUUGGACUGCCAUAUGUGCUCUGUGACCGCCGUCGACUGACAAGACUCUGGACUAACGGCGUCAUGAAAAUACAAAAACUUUUUACUCUACCCUGUUAAGAAAAAAGCUGUGAACUACUUCACUCUAAUUCAAUAUGCGGUGUGCUUGUGGUUUCAUGCUUUGGUCAAUUAAGGGCAUCAGAUGGGGGGGGGGGUCAAGAGGGAGAAAAAUAUGAAUAAUCAAAUCAGAAAUCAUGUUUCUUUCGCAAUAGGAAGUGCCUCAUAAUGAAAUGUAAAGGGUGCCAAAUCGUCCUUGCUGAGAUGCAUAAAGAUAUUACUGUGAAUGACAUUAUCGUGGACUCACACUGUCAUUCUACAGGUUCUCUUAAACAGAGGAACGCCAAGCUUCCAUUUCCUAGGCAUUCCACUUUGGUCUUCACCUUUUUUAUACUUUUGUUUUUUCAUUUUGGAUUAGCAGAACUUGAAUGUAAAAUAUUUCUGUAUAAAGUACCAUAAAUGCCAUGUUUUAGCUGCCUUUUUGUUUCAUUUCCAUCAAAAAAAAAUCGAAGUAAAAAGUACAGUAUUGAGAUGUUGCUGAUGGUGUUCGAUUACAGACUGGUGAUAGUCCAGUGGUUCUCUGGGGAGCGAUGAGAGAUUCCUCCCUGCAUGUGAAAAGGCUUCAUUGAGCUGCUGGACCGUUUGUAUCAUUAUGGCAUGUUCUCUCUGAGUGGAGGGGCAUGGGCUCCUAAACACUGGAAAUAAAUCUUAUCAAUGGCUACAAGCA